AUGUUACGUCAAGCUGGCGGGAAGAAGCCAUACUUUGGCCUCACGGGCAAAUGGCUCACUGCAUGGAUCACGUUUGCUUGCAGUGUCGACAUGCUCAUGUUUGGCUAUGACCAGGCAGUCUUCAGCGGCGUCAUCGUGACUGAUGAUUUUCUGGUCCUGCACGACCUCGUCGGCCCGGAGAAGACUUCGCUCCUCUCCACCAUUACCGCAAUUUACGACAUCGGGUGCUUCUUUGGUGCUAUUGUGGCCUUUACAAUUGGCGAACGUCUCGGACGGAAAAAGUCCAUCAUUAUCGGCACUUCGAUCAUGACCGUGGGCACUAUUCUUAUGACCACUUCGUUUAGCAUUGAGCAAAUGUUUGUUGGGCGCAUAGUUCUAGGCAUUGGCAAUGGCAUCAAUACGGCCACGGCUCCCAUCUGGCAGACUGAGACUUCUCCCGCGCACCUUCGUGGCAAGCUCGUCAUGUUCGAGAUGAUGAUGAACAUUGUCGGCUUCUCUCUAUGCAAUUGGAUCAACUACGGCUUGUCUUUUGCCGGAGGCGCUGUUGCCUGGCGCUUUCCACUCGCCUUCCAGGCCAUCUUCAUCAUCGCCCUCUUCGCGACAGUCCCAUGGCUGCCGGAGUCGCCACGAUGGCUGCUCUACCAUGGGCACGACGAGGAGGCGCGGAAGGUGCUCAGGUGCCUCGCGAGCGAUGACACUGACGACGCGCUCGUCACCGUGCAACAUGAAGAGAUCCAAUACAGCGUGCAGUACGAGAAGGAGCAUCAGAUUAGAUGGAGAGACCUGCUGCGUCCCCAGCCUGGAGCCACAAAGCCUCUCCGGAGACUCAUUUUGGGAGCCGGCACGCAGUUCAUUCAGCAGUUUGAAGGCAUCAACAUCAUGUCCUACUACUUGCCGACGGUGCUCAUCAACGCUGUGGGCUUAUCAAACGAACUCGCGCGGCUCCUUACAGCUGUCAAUUCGGUCACUUACCUCAUAUUCUCAGCCCUGUCCAUCCCCCUAGUUGAGAAAUGGGGACGGCGGGGCUUGAUGCUGUUGUCAACUGCUGGCCAGGGCGCAGCUUUCCUCGUCAUCACAGUCCUGCUGCGGUACGGAAGCCCACCAGAUGGAGACCGCAAAGCAGCUGAGGCAUCAAUCGUGUUCUUCUUCUUGUAUUACAUUGCAUUCGGCAUCGGCAUGCUGGGCGUGCCGUGGCUGUAUCCCACCGAGAUCAACUCCAUCGCAAUGCGUACAAAGGGUGCAGCAGUGUCUACAGCAACUAACUGGCUCACCAACUUCGUCAUUGUGGAGAUUACUCCAAUCGGGAUCCAAAACCUCGGGUGGAAGUUUUGGAUCGUCUUUACUGUCUUCAACACGGCCUUCAUGCCUGUCAUAUACUUCUUCUAUCCCGAAACUGCCAACCGCACGCUCGAGGACCUCGACGAGUACUACCGCGGCAACCCGCCGCUCAUUGUAACGGGCGACAAGGACGUGACAAGCAGCAAGCGUCCGCUCAAAUAUUUGGAAAUGGAGAGAACGCAUGUCCAGCGCGUAGUGCGGGCAAGCGUUGACGCUGGGCACGACAAAGACGCCGUGUGCGCAAACCACCAUGUUGAGUAA